CUCGCCAUCCUCGCAGAGAAGGAUUUAGUCACAAUAAUAAAUCUGUCCCUGCGCUGUAGCAGUGGGGAGCGGUUCCAUCUCAUCCCGUCACUCCGAGCCCCUGUUCCAAGUCCCUCCCUACUCUCCUGGAGCUCCUGUAGGCACUGGAAGGGGCUCUGAGGUCUCCGCAGCCUUCUCCAGGCGGCCAUCCCCAGUUUUCCCAGCCUGGCUCCAGGGCAGGGAGCUCAGCCCCCGCGACAUCUCCAUGGCCUCCUCUGGAGCCACUCCAGCUGCUCCGUGUCCUUCUCACGCUGCAGCUGGACACAGCUCCAGGUGGGUCUCACCAGAGCAGAGCAGAGACGGUGAUCUUUUCACACCCCAAAGGAGGUUUCUCUUCAGUCUCAUGUCCACUAAGGGUCCUGACAAGAAUGGACAUUCCCGUGCUGUGGGAUCAGCAGGAGAGCACGAGGUCUGUGGAUGCUCUGCUGUGUGCGAGGAGGGCAGAGCUGGCAUCAGCAAACCACUGCCAGUCUGCUGCUGGAUCAGCCCAAAGAAGCACCAGAGCCAGCCUGGCCUGUGGCAUGAAUUCCCCAUCCUCAGCCCGGGAUCCAUCCCCGCACAGCGCUGCAGUCUGUCCCUGCCCACUGCUCGCCAGGAAACCCCUGCCCACGAGGCUGUGCCACUGCUCUGCUCACGAUAAAAACCCCACUUUUUUUAUCCGCCUGCAGCAGCUGGAGGGGAGCUCUGCUGGGAGGGCAGGGAGGAGGCUGCCUGUGCUCCCGGCACAGCCAGGGUGCUCGGAGAGCGUGUGGCAGGGUUUUUCACCACCUGAAACUCAACAGGUUUCCCUGGGAAAAGGCAGGAGUGAAAGGUGCAGUGUGUGGCUCUCACCCUCACCGUGACUGACACUGAGCUUGCGUCCCAGAAGGAAAGUCGGAGCAUCCCAUCUUGCUUUUGCCAUUCAGCAUCACCAGUGGAGUGGAAUAUUCCCCUGGGCAGCAGAAAAGCAGCGUUCCCAGGCGGCGGGCUGAGCUCUGUCCCCUCCCUGGCGAUGCUCUCUGCCCGUGUCUCUGUACAUCCCCCUGCCCGAAGCCCUGCGGAGUGCGGGCACCUCGCUGCAGAGGCUCGGGGUGCUCUUGCCCUGGGCCUUGGGGACAAGCGGGUGCCUGCGAGCCCUGCUGUGGCAGGAGAGUCAUAGUGUAGUUAAUAAUCUUUUAUUAACGACUAUGAAGUGAAAUGUCCCCGCGGUCCCUCCCUGAGACCUUCGGGUUCAGUUCCAGAGGCACUCCCCCAGCGGAUCCCCAUUGUGGGUGGGAUGAGACGGAGUGUAUUCUUAUUUUUUCCUGCAAACCGUCCUGCCGUGCUUUGCGUUUCCUUCCUUCCUCUUCCUCCUAUCCCCUUCCCCUCCUUCUCCUCCCCUGCCGUCCCCCGCGGGCCGGGCGGGGCCAGGCGGAGUCUUUUUCUCCCGGCGGGAUCUCCUGGCAGGAGCUGGAGCAGGAGCGGGUUCGGAGUGGGUGCCGGAGCCUGGCAGCGCCGCAGAAUGGACCUCCCUCACCUCACGAGUCCCACCGACCUCCCCAAGCACAUCCUGGAUAUCUGGGUCAUCGUGUUGAUCAUCCUGGCCACCAUCCUCAUCAUGACAGUGCUGGUGCUGUGCCCGGCCACUGCUGUCAUCAUCUACCGGGUCCGAACACACCCCACGCGCAACAGCAUCGUGUGAGCCACGGGCACUGGGGGACGGCCACCUCGCUGAGCUGGGGGCUACAGCCAUGGGACCCCGUGCCAGGCACCUUGACAGGGCACCCUGAGAGCUGGAGCCUGGGCAGGAGCUGGGGUGGGCCAGUGCCCAGAGCUGCUCCUGUACUCGGCUCUCACUGCUCAUUUUGCCCACUGAGCACUCAGGGACUGUGGGGGAAAUGACAGCGUGGGCAGCAGUGGCGAGAGGUGUGACUUUGAGGACACGUCCAGCUGGAAAUAUCUCACUCCCAUGAGGGAGGCAGGCUGGGUUCACCUUCACUGUCUCCUCCCAGGCAAGCAGCAAGGAGUGGAAAUGUCUGAAAAAGUUAUCUCUUCUUUGGAGUCCCAGCUGUCAAGGUGGUUGGGGAAAAAAGAGUCAAAGCAAGAUGGAUGUGGCUUCUGGUUGUGCAUUUAGUGCUUGGCUAAAAGCAUCAGUGACAAAGCCUGUGCUGGCUGCACAGCAGACGUGCAGCUGGCACCAGCUUCUCCUCUACCCAUUAUCUGCUGAAAUGGUAGGAAAAUCCUGCAGGGCUCUUGGCUCCUCUGGGUCUUGUGGGGCAGAGGAGUGUGUGCAGUUCCUGCCAGCCCUCCUGUCUGCACUCCCCACUCCUGACAGUGAGAGCUCCCACUGUUUGCCCAGCACACAGCCCUGCUGGGGAGUCCGUGCAUGCCUCACCUGGGCAGGUGAAGCGGGAGGAGCAGGUUUGUGCCCAGCCAGUGGCAAGGGAUCAUGUAAGCUCUUGUAUUGCCCUUUGUUAUGAAAUAAAUGGACUUUAUCCUUCA